AUGUUUGUCGGCGUCAUGACCGAUGCUCACAACAAGAGUCUGCACCCUUUCUUUGUCAAACCUCCAGUGUCUGCUCCCAAUCCCACGCCCAAUGUCGACCUCAAUCCAUCGACCGAUGAUGCCUCACCAGGCGCCGAUGCUAGCUUACCUCAGCCACCGUCACCCACUGUGCGUCAGUCAGCAAACACUAGAAAGACUCGACCUCGCAAAGCCAAGGAUAACCCAAUAACCACUUUGGACUUCGAGACUAUCGACGCCAUACCGUCAAGCCGCCGCAAAAGACGCAAACUGAGUCUUGCUGAUGACAGCACCAUCCCUGAUCGAGGCUCUGAAGACAUGCUUCCCCAGCCUUCUAGCCCGACCUCUCUUCCCUCCUCGCAUCCUGGAAACAGCCAACCCGUCGACACGAAUCAUGCCUUGAACCAACUGUCUGAGCCGAUCACCAGCCCGCAAGAUCCGCCCAAGAGCACGCCGCCUAAGAAGAUGUUGAAGAUCACUGCUGGAGGCACGCUCGUUUCGCCAUCGUCCAAACCAUUGCCUGCAAAAGAAGACUCUCAAACAAAAAAGCCUGCUAAGCGAGGAAGACCUAAAAAGGAGAAACAAAAAUUACUAGUCACAAUACGCUACGCUCCCAGCAGUGGUCUGGGCCCCCGCAUUUCACGUAUCUUGGAUGGCUCGGAGACUUUCGUUAUUCCAAGGCCCGUCCCUAUGGCUCCUCCACCCAAGCCUAAAGCGCCCAAAUUUGAUCCAUCAAAACCAACUCAUCCUUUUUUCUCGGGAAAAUCGAAAGACACUCCAUCAGCUACUGCCGUUUCUGUCAAGGGCGUCGCAGAUGCCAAAGUCAAUCAUGUUGUUAGCCCGCGGAGGCCUUCAGCUGUUACUCCUGGUAAGCUGCGCGCGCAAGCACGGGAGAAUGGCUCGAAGAACCUGCACAGCUCGUCCGAUGUCCCGCAAUUUGGCACCAACAAGGACAGAAGUAUCAUCAAGCAGCCUGGCAUGGUCGAAGCCCCCUUUCCACCAAGAGGCUUUGCUCACGUCCGUGGGGACUUUUACUACCAGCCAAAUCAGGCGUACAAAGACGCAGCCCCUGGUACCUUUCGUUCUACGCGGAAAAUGAAAUACAAAAUACCACUCUUGGACCCAUCUGAAAGCACUCUGGCUGGCCUGGAGCGUAAUCUUGACUUUCGUCAAAGGGAUACGCCAAGGUCUGACGGCUUCUAUGAUCCUCCAUCUUCGCUGCGCGUGCCAAAGCGCCAUCUGGUCCCUGGUUCGCGUGCUCAGAAAUGGAUCAGCAAAGAGCUUCAUUCUCAACCAUUGGCAGUUGAACAUCAGUCUGCGCCAGGGUCACAACACAGUUUUGUCCAUCCUGCGUGCGUGGAUCUAUUUAUCGGCUUGCCCAACGUCCUCACACCAUACGACCAGGGACGGUCAGAAAUACUAGCCUGGGCUCAAAAAUAUUCACCUCAAUGCGCGGUCCAAGUCCUACAGAUGGGACGGGAAGCAACGUAUGUCAGAGAUUGGAUGAAGGCCCUCACCAUUAGUGCUGUAGAGACGGCAAGUUCUCAAACAACGAGAACAGACAAGACAGAUCGACCUCGAGGGCACAAGAAAAAGCGUCGCAAGAAGACUGCUGAGCUGGACGACUUCAUCGUUAAUGACGAAGACCUCUACAACGAUCCAGAAGAACUCGUCGAAUUAGAUCGUACCUUGCCGCUACGCCGUGGACACAAGCCGUCUCUUGUGCGCGACAUGAACUUCGAAGAUCAGCUCAAUCGUUCCAAGAUUGCCAAUACAGUGAUAGUGAGCGGACCACCGGGCUGCGGGAAAACUGCAAUGAUUCAUGCUGCUGCAAGAGAAAUGGACUUUGAGAUAUUCGAGAUCAAUCCAGGUUCACGUCGAAGUGGCAAGGAUGUGCUAGACAGGAUCGGAGACAUGGUAGAGAAUCACUUGGUGCAAAAUCGUUCCACUGAUGCCGGCAACACAUCUGCUGAUGAAGACGCUGGCCGACUAUCCGAUGCUUUCAACAAAGAUCUUGAAUCUGGUCGCCAGGGGACUAUGAAAUCAUUCUUCUCAUCAAAGUCAAAAUCAGCACCACAGCCGAAGAAACAGGAGAACAAACCGAAAGCUAAGGUGGAACAGGUCCAAAAGAUCUUGUCAGCAUCAAAACCGCGCGGACAGAAACAAUCUCUUAUCCUGCUCGAGGAAGUAGACGUUAUGUUCGAGGAAGACAAGAACUUCUGGUCUACUGUUUUCACUUUGCUCCAGAAUUCAAAGCGCCCCAUUGUCAUGACUUGCAACGAUGAAGAUCUUGUACCUCUCCAAGCCAUCACAUAUCAAGCACUUCUUCGCUUAUCACCUCCGCCGCAAGACGCCGCGGUGGACUACAUGCUAUUGAUGGCAGCGCAAGAAGGUCACCUGCUAUUUCGCGAUGCCAUAUCGACCCUGUAUAAUGCCAAACAUCAUGAUCUUCGUGCGAGUAUCGCAGAGUUGCAGUUAUGGUGUCAGAUGGGGGUCGGUGACCCUCGAGGCGGGCUAAGCUGGAUCUUCCCCAGAUGGCCUGCCGGAAGCGGAGUUGACGAACAAGGUCGACCGAUCAGAGUGCUUAGCGAGAAUACCUACCAAGCAGGUAUGGGUUUUGUUGCGCAUGAAGCAAAUGUCUCCUUCGAAGCCACUCCAGACGACGAGCUGCUCAAGGAAGGCUGGAAUGGCUGGGACAUUGAUCCUCGCGAAGAGCUUUUUGCUGGAAUGAUAAGCUCAUUACCAAGAUCGGAAUCAACGAAGCCUCUGUCACGCAUGGCUGCGCUGAGACAGUACUCAGACCUGAACGACUGCCUCAGUGACAUGGAUCUGUUCUGUCAAGUUGAUUCACCCGGUCAGCUCAGCAAGAUAGACGCUACGCAACCCGACAUGGUCCCGAAAACUCGGUUGAGUUACAUCAACGGCAUGGCGCUACUUCAGACACCGGAAGUUGUCGACUAUAGCGACUUCAAUGUCGAUAUUGCAGUCUCGAGCUCACGCCUCAUGCGAAAUGUUUUUUCUGACUGUCUGGUAGCUACUGUCCCAGGUCUUGUUGAGCAAGUAAUCGAGAAACGAGCUUCCAACAGAAGAUCUCGCCACAUAACUCGAGGGGAUAUCUCAACCGCCUUCGACACGAUAGCUACUAUGAUGACUACUCCAACGAGCGGCCCAGCUAGCUUGGCUUACUCCGUGUUUGAUGGUCCUCUCAGAACCGUCGUCAACGAUGUCGCUCCAUAUGUUCGCAGCAUCGCGGCCUAUGACCUCGCUCUAGAAUCAUACCGUGAUAUGUUGCAGGGUAGCAGUCAGAACUCGGCGAGCGGUGGUGGUGCCGGUGCCAAAAGGGCUCGGACAACACGAGCUGCUCGUAGUGCACUUGAAGGUGGACAACGUCAAUUGACCCGUCGAGAACGAUGGUUUGAUCCGAACUUCGAUCUCGAGCUUGCAUUGCGAACAGCCGGUGACUGGCCUCGCGUUGAGAACACUAUUGCUGAAGCUCGACUGCGUAGCCCAGAGGUUUGCGCAGAUACUGAUGCAAUGGCAGAUGCCUGA